GAAUCUGCACUAGCUACUGGACUGACGGGUCGUCAAAGCGGUUUGUGUGGUGCAUUACGUGUGAGAUUUGUCGUGCGACACCAUGCUUUAGCGCCAACCACGCUAUUGACUCAUCAGUUUUUCUUUUUUAGACAACAUUCUUUGUUACUUCGAAGCAAUAAAAAAACUGUUAUGUGUCUCAAAUAGCUCGUUUUUGAGCUAAUUCAUCUUAACAGUAAUUUCAUGUGUUCUGAACAACAAGAAAAGUUCCUCGUUUUGACGUUACGUUAACGUUUUGUGGACUAGGGCAAUAUGCAACAGCAGCAGCCGACGAACAAUGGCCUUCUACAGCCACCAGAAAAUGGUUUACCAAUGUUUGGAUCUUUGCUGAUAGACGAAAAGUCAUUAACACCUUACUCUGACGCCACACAGACGAAGAAGAAAAGUACGGUUCGCAUCAAGCGGCCGAUGAAUGCAUUUAUGGUGUGGUCGCAGAUUGAAAGACGCAAGAUAUGUGAAAUCCAACCGGAUAUGCAUAAUGCUGAGAUCUCGAAACGACUGGGUAAACAGUGGAAGACGUUGUCGCCGGAGGAGCGUACACCUUUCAUCCAGGAAGCUCAACGAUUGCGUUUGCUUCACAUUCAAGAGUACCCAGACUACAAAUACAAGCCUCGCAAAAAGACUGAUGGUCUGAAAGGAGCAUCAGUCGGUCGUAAAAGCUGUACGACUCCAACGCCCGUCACUGCCAACUGCGUGAACGAGGCCAUAUCUGCGGCCACUACGAACCCGAUCUACUAUGGCGAAGAAUAUCGGCAGCCAUUGGAAGUGCAAGAACAGUACAUCAAUAUGCCGAGAAGUGGCCGAAUAUGCGCUGUUGUUACUCCGGGAUUGUGCGGCACGUUGCGAAUCAUCCAAAAUCACAGUCACUUGCCUUACCAGUCCGGAGAAUAUGAUUUAACUUCCUCCCUAAUUUAUAAUUACCCCCCACCGCCGACGCUUACUGUUCCCUACUUUAUCGAUAACAGUCACCUGAAUAUUCAUCUGAAGAUUGAUGAGAAAUUCAAACAAAGACUAUCGGAUUGCAAACGGGAGCAUAGCCGUAAAUCAGUGCACACAUCCGGCGAGUCUGCGGCUACGGGACCGGCAGUCGUGACCGAUCCGAUAAAAGUGGAAUCGACCUACCCCGAAGUGUCAGGUGCUAGCCAAUCAGAUUUUAGAAUGGACACGGAGGAGUCGCAAAGCUACGGCGAUAGUGAUGCCUCAACUGUACACGCUUAUUCCACGGAAUCACGGUCCCCUCCGUCCACUCUGCUGAGCUUGGACACGUUCACGACCAUCGUCAACUACAACUCGGAUGUGGCCGAUUUCAACAGCCACGCCGUGAAGCUGGAACCCAACACCGAUGGGAGAAUCCACUAUUUUGGCCAUCAUCAUCAGGAAGGUUACGUCUGGCCAGCGAACAACUUUGCAGAGCACCAAGACAACGUUGCCGUUUACGUAAAAGGGCAACCCGAUUCGGCCAACAGCUCGGUCGAAAUGGAUGUGGCCAGUUUGGCUGACUUGGAUCUGCUGGUGACUGAUCUUCUUUUACGUUUAGAUGAUCAGUAGGAAAGGUACAAGAAAUAUUGAAUGGUCCACAAUGUCUAAUUGUCUAUUUGUUUAUUUACCUUUAUUGCCGAGAAGAAAAUGUUUACGCCAAAUGUUGUGUUAUCCUACGCCUCUUUACGAAAACCUAUUGGACCUGAAUAUGUAUUAAUAAAUGCAUCGGCUCUGCCGGACGCGGA